AUGCCGACCAACCCGUUCGCGACCCCGAAGCUCGGCCAGGCCGUCGAGCUCGACCCGCUCGAGGUGCCCGACCUCGCAGACCUCCCUCCUGGCGUCCCUCCGCUCUCGACCGACGACCUCGUCCCCCUGCUCCGCGCCCGCCUCCUCGAUGGCCUCCCGUACACGUCCCUGUCGCCCCGCGUCACGGUCGCCGUCAACCCGUUCCAGUUCGUCCACGCGACGAGCGACCAGGCGCUCGCCGACUGGCGCGCCGAGUACACCGACUGCGGCACCGAGGGCAUCCGCGGUCGACUCGGCCCGCACGUGUGGGCGACGGCGCACAAGGCGUACUACCACAUGACCCGCACCGGCCAGGACCAGGCCAUCGUCCUCAGCGGCGAGACGGGUUCGGGCAAGAGCGAGUCGUCGCGGUUGAUGCUCAAGGCGCUCAUCGACGUCUCGGCGCCGCCAGCGGGCAAGAAGGGCAGCAAGCUCGCGACGAGCGUCCCGGCCGCCUUCUUCAUCCUCGACUCGUUCGGCCACGCGACGACGACGUCCAACGCCAACGCGUCGCGCUUCGGCCGCUACACCGAGCUCCAGUUCAACGACAAGGGCCGCCUGACGGGCCUCAAGGGCCUCGAGUACUUCCUCGAGAAGAGCCGCGUCGCGGCCGCACCCGCCGGCGAGCGCAACUUUCACGUGUUCCACUACCUCGUCGCCGGCGCGUCGUCGGACGAGCGCGAGCACCUGCGCUUCGACAGCGCCUCGUCGUUCCGGUACCUCGCCCAGGCGCGCUCUUCGGCCUCGUCGGUCCAGUCCGACAUGGCGCGCUUCGCCCAGCUCAAGGACGCGUUCAAGGCGGUCGGGUUCCCCAAGAAGGCGGUCGCGUCCGUGUGCCAGGUCCUCGCCGCCAUUCUCCACCUCGGCAACGUCGAGUUCGUCAUGGACCGCCACCGCAACGCCGACUCGGCCAUCGUCAAGAACCCGCACGUCCUCGACACGGCCGCCGAGUUUCUCGGCGUCGACGCGGCCGAGCUCGAGUACGCGUUGACGAACCGGUCGACGCUCGUCAUGGGCGAGGUGUGCGCCGUCUUCCUCGACGCCGAGGGCGCCGCCCGCAACCGCGACGACCUCGCGAGCACGCUGUACAGCCUCGUGUUUGCGUGGAUCGGCGAGUUCCUCAACGAGAAGCUGUGCCGCGACGACUUUGCGACGUUCGUCUCGCUCGUCGACUUUCCCGGCCCGGUCCAGCACGCCGCGUCCCACCGCGACGGCCUCGGCGUCGAGGCGUUCUGCUUCAACUUGGCGUCCGAGCGCGUGCAGAGCUACCUCGUCGAGCAGCUGCACGAGGCCGACAAGGCCGAGUAUGCCGCCGAGGGCCUCGUCCUCGCCGGCGCCGACGUCAAGCACUCGUCCAACUCGGAAACGGUCCGCCUCCUCACCAACCAGCCGGGCGGUCUCGUCCACAUCAUCGACGACCAGUCGCGCCGUCGCGGCAAGACGGACGCGACCAUGCUCAAGGCCAUGACCAAGCGCUGGUCGAACCACCCGUCGUUCUCGUCGCGCGAGGGCGACGAGGCCCAGGGCCGCCCGGGCACGUUCGUCGUCUCGCACUGGCACGGCCAGGCGACCUACUCGACCGAGAACUUUGUCGCCCACAACUCGGAGGCCGUCUCGCCCCACUUUGUCACGCUCCUCGGCGGCUCGACGACGCCCUCGUUCGGGCUCGCGACCGCGACGACGACGACGGGCGGCUCGACGUUCUCGUUCAUCCGCCAGCUGUUCGCCAACGGCGCCGUCGAGACCAAGGCGCACCCGCGCAGCGAGGAGACGCUCGUCGCCGCAACGCAGAAGGUCGGCCCGCGCCGUGCCCCGUCGACCCGUCGCCCGCAACGCGGCGGCGCGCCGCACAACCCGUUCGGCGGCACCGGCGGCGACAUCGACGAGGACGACGAGGAGCCGGCGCCGGCGAGCGAGUCGACGGCGCCCGGGAGCCGGUCGGUCGUCCAGGAGGUCAACGACGCCCUGACGCUCCUCCUCAACACGCUCCAGACGAGCAAGUCGUGGUUCGUCCUGUGCGUGCGGCCCAACGACGCCCAGCUCCCGAACCAGGUCGACGCCAAGCUCGUCAAGCACCAGGUGCGGGCCUUUGGCCUCGCCGAGCUCGCGCGCCGCCUCGACGGCGAGUGGGGGGUCAACCUCGAGGUGCGCGAGUGGUGGGAGCGCUACGGCCAGAUCGCCGUCCUCGCCGACGAGCAGCAGGCGCUCGGCGCCCUCAUGUACCGCGACAAGGCCGUCAAGGUCCGCGAGCUCCUCGGCUUCAGCGAGCGCGAGAUGGGCAUCGGCAAGAGCAAGGUCUUCCUGAGCGACAACGCGUUCCGGUACCUCGAGGACUUUCUGCGCGCCGACGACCCCGAGGAGCAGGCGCACUGCCGCGAGAUCCUCAACCGCACGUCGUCCGGCGCCGGCGAGCCGGCCGCCAUCGUCGACGACCCGUACUCGCCGUACGCCCAGCCCGACACGCCCGGCCUCGGCUCGUACAACGACGACUUUGCCAAGACGACGUCGACGGCCGCCCUGCCCAUCCUCGCGCACAAGUACGGCGCCAACACGGCCCCGGCGUACGACGACGACGACGAGUACGAGAUGGACCGCAAGGAGUACCUCGCCGGGCCGGGCGCCGGCGACGACGACUACUACACGCCGUCGCAGCACCAGCAGCAGCGCGAGCUGCACGACGAGGAGCGCUCGCUCGCGCCGUCGGCCUACACGAGCUCGCGCCCCAUGUUCGACACGGGCAAGGGCUCGGAGAAGGAGCUCCUCGCCGGGUCCAAGGAGAACACCGAGACGGUCGAGGUGAUCCGCACGAGCUCGGCGCGCAAGCGCUGGGUCGCCCUCACGUGGCUCUUUACGUGGUGGGUCCCGUCGCCUGUCCUGCGGUGGGUCGGCGGCAUGAAGCGGCCCGACGUCCGCAUGGCCUGGAGGGAGAAGCUCCUCAUCAACAUCCUCAUCUGGCUCCUGUGCGGCUCGGCCGUGUUCGUCAUCGCCGUCCUCGGUCCGCUCAUCUGCCCGACCGAGCACGUCUUCAACACGCAAGAGCUCAACGACCGGUCGUACACGCAGAACCCGGACAAGAUGCUCGUCGCCAUCCGCGGCGAGGUGUUUGACCUGUCGUCGUUCGCGCCGCACCACCAGCCGGGCAGCUCGGUUAUCCCGACCACCAACAUCGAGAAGCUCGGCGGCAACGACCUCACCAACUACUUCCCGGUCCAGGUGAGCGCCCUCUGCAACGGCGUCGACGGCAACGUCAGCCCGUGGGUCACGCUCGAGUCGUCCAACAUCUCGACCGCCAUCACCAACGUCGCCAAGUACCACGACUUCCGCGCCUACACGACCGACGUCCGCCCCGACUGGUACUACGAGACCAUGGUCUACAUGCGGUACAACUACCGCAAGGGCUUCAUGGGCUACUCGCGCGGCACGGUCAAGAAGGAGGCCAAGGACAAGGGCAAGAACAUCGCCGUCUACGACGGCAACGUGUACGACUUCUCGACGUACAUCCAGAACGGCGGCGGCGGCGUGCGCGUGCCCGACGGCGCAGCCAUCCCGAGCGGGACGGAGCGCAACUUCAUGUCGACGCCGAUCGUCGACCUGUUCCGCCAAAAGUCGGGCGGCGACCUGACGAGCGCCAUCAACAGCCUCAACCUCGACGCGGCCGUCCUCGAGCGCCAGAAGAUCUGCAUGCGCAACCUGUUCUUCAUCGGCAAGCUCGACAACCGCAACUCGCCCCAGUGCCAGUUCUCGCAGUACAUCCUCAUCGCCCUGUCGGUCGUCAUGGUCGCCAUCAUCGGGGCCAAGUUCAUCGCCGCCCUCCAGUUUGGCCGCAAGCGCAAGCCCGAGGACUACGACAAGUUUGUCAUCUGCCAGGUCCCGUGCUACACCGAGGGCGAGGACUCGCUCCGGGCGUGCAUCGACUCGCUCACCAAGCUCAAGUACGACGACAAGCGCAAGCUGUUGAUGAUCAUCUGCGACGGCAUGAUCGUCGGCUCGGGCAACGACCGCCCGACACCCCAGAUCGUGCUCGACAUCCUCGGCGCCGACCCGACUAUCGAUCCCGAGCCGCUCAGCUUCCUGUCGAUCGGCAACGGCGACAAGCAGCACAACAUGGCCAAGAUCUACUCGGGCCUGCACGAGGCCGGCGGCCACAUCGUCCCUUACAUCGUCGUCGUCAAGGUCGGCAAGCCGACCGAGCGUCAGCGUCCGGGCAACCGCGGCAAGCGCGACUCGCAGAUGCUCCUCAUGCGCUUCCUCAACCGGGUCCACUUCGACUCGCCCAUGGCGCCCGCCGAGCUCGAGAUGUACCACCAGAUCAAGAACGUCAUUGGCGUCAACCCGUCGUUCUACGAGUACCUCCUCAUGGUCGACGCCGACACGACCGUCGACCCCAUGUCGCUCAACUACCUCGUCGGCGGCUUUGUCGAGGACCGCAAGAUCAUCGGCCUGUGCGGCGAGACGUCGCUCGCCAACGCUCGCGCCUCGUGGACGACCAUGGGUCAAGUCUACGAGUACUUCAUCUCGCACUACCUCACCAAGGCCUUCGAGAGCCUGUUCGGCUCGGUCACCUGUCUGCCUGGCUGCUUCUCGAUGUACCGCAUCCGGACCCUCGAGCACAAGCCCAUCAUCAUCUCGGACGCCAUCCUCGCCGAGUACGGCGAGAACAAGGUCGAGACGCUGCACGUCAAGAACCUCCUGUCGCUCGGCGAGGAUCGUUACCUCACGACCGUCAUCCUCAAGCACUUUGCCCAGUACAAGCUCAAGUUCACUCGGUUCGCCAAGGCGCAGACGAUCGCGCCCGACGACUGGAAGGUCCUCAUGUCGCAGCGUCGUCGCUGGAUCAACUCGACCAUCCACAACUUGUUCGAGCUCCUCUUCAUCGACCGCAUGUGCGGCUUCUGCUGCUUCUCGAUGCGCUUCGUCAUCCUCGUCGACCUCGCGUCGACGCUCAUCUCGCCGGUCACCGUCGCUUACAUCGUCUACCUCAUCUACAUGGUCGCCGGCGAGCACAAGGCGAUCCCCACGUUCGCCCUCAUCAUGCUCGGCGCCAUCUACGGCCUCCAGGUCAUCAUCUUUGUCCUGCAUCGCAAGUUCGAGCACAUCGGGUGGAUGCUCGUGUACAUCCUCGGCAUCCCCUUCUUCUCGUUUAUCCUCCCGCUCGUGUCGUUCUGGCAGAUGGACGACUUCUCGUGGGGCUCGACCCGCGAGAUUGUCGGCGAGCAGGGCAAGCGCCUCCUCGUGCACGACGAGGGCAAGUUCGACCCGGCGUCGAUCCCGCUCCGCACCUGGUCCUCGUUCGAGGCCGACCUCUGGGUGCGUCCCCUCUCUCUCUACUCGUCCUCCUCCUUCUCGGGCGCACCGUCGCUGACUUUCCCCCGACGUGCGCAGGAGACGGGCUCGAACGCGUCGAUCGGCGAGAUCAUCGAGGCGUCCAAGCAGGAGCGCGAGCAGUCGCAGUACGGCAUGCCUUACGGCGCGCCGUCGCAGUACGGCGGCGCCUCGACGCGCGACUUGUCGCCGCAGCGUCACGGCGGCGCGGGCGCGGUCGGCCACUACGCGGCGCCGUCGAUCGGCUCGCUCCCUCGCGGCGCAGGCGCAAGCGUCUACGCCGGCUCGGCGUACCCGGCGUCGGUCAACCCGUACGCGCAGCCGGGCGCAAUGAGCUCGUUCGCCAACGCGGGCAAGCGCGACUCGACGACGUCGUUCUUUGCGUCCAACGCGCUCGCCCAGGCCGGCAUGCUCCCCGCUGGCCACCGCGGCAGCUCGGGCGACCUCCUCGGCGGCGGCGGCGGCGGGACGUACGGUGCGAGCCCCCGCGCCAUGUCGCCCAUGGGCACGGGCGUCCCGUCCGACGACGUCAUCGUGCGCGACGUCCAGGACUUGCUCGCGACGGCCGACCUGCAGACCGUCACAAAGAAGACGGUGCGCUCGGCCCUCGCGCAGCGGUACGGCGUCGACGACUUUGGCGCCGACAAGAAGGCCCUCAUCAACGCCGUCAUCAGCGAGACGCUCGGCCUCGCCUGAACGGUCGUCGCGAGGCGGCGGAGCGAGGGGGAGAAGGAGAAGGAAGGAGGAGGAGGGAGGUCACGACUCACGCCCCUUUCAUGGACCCUGGCUCUCUCCGUCAUCUAGUUUUCUACACGCCCCUCCACAGACACUACUCGUCGUCGCCCGUACGGCGGCGCUCUCCUCGUCCUGUAGCACCGUGUCUGUCUCUUUGCCUCGCCUGGAACUCUGCGCUUUCCUCGCA